UCGCUCGUCGCUAGCUCUUCGUUUGCUCCUUCCUAUCCGACCUCUUAGUAAAAUUCUUUCUUUCUCCCGCCGCAAUUAAAGCGAGCCAGCUUACAUUGCCAACAUCAAUGGCGGGUUCUAUCGGCGGAACUGGUUCUUCCAAUCCCUCACCGAACCCUUCUGCUCCCAAAAUCCUAUUAGCCAAGCCGUCGGCCGGGCCGGUCCCUGGAAAAUUUGGACGCGGAGGUGUUGAAGAUGAAACGGCGCCACACCGGGCCCGUCUCCCUCCCGUUGGUUCCCUCAACCUCCUCUCUGAUUCCUGGGAGUUCCACAUCGAUCGCUUUUUGCCCUUUUUGACUGAGAAUACUGAUUUUAUGGUGAUUGGAAUCAUCGGUCCACCCGGUGUGGGCAAGUCGAUGAUCAUGAAUGAGCUUUAUGGUUUUGAUGGGAUCUCACCUGGUAUGCUGCCACCUUUCGCUAUACAGUCAGAAGACACUAGAGCAAUGGCAAGGCAUUGUACUGUAGGUAUUGAACCAAGGAUUUCUGCUGAACGGCUUAUACUACUCGAUACGCAGUCUGUUUUUAGUCCUUCGGUUUUAUCUGAGAUGAUGAGACCUGAUGGAUCAUCCACUGUUUCAGUACUAAGUGGCGAGUCCCUCUCUGCUGAGCUGGCUCAUGAAAUUAUGAAUAUCCAGCUUGGUGUUCUCUUAGCAUCCAUUUGUCACAUUUUGCUGGUGGUGUCUGAGGGAGUUCAUGAUAACAACAUGUGGCACUUGAUGUUGACGGUUGACUUACUGAAACAUGGCAUUCCUGAUCCAUCUUUAAUAACCCCUCCCCAUUCACAGAGCUCUACUGUGGGGCCUGACAAAGAGGGCAAAGAUAAUGUUCAUGAGGGUGAAGAGUAUAUGGCUACUCCUGUUUUUGUGCAUACAAAGCUACAAGAUCAAGAUCUUUCUCCACCUAAUAUUGUGCAAAUGCGGAAGGCACUUUUACGAUAUUUCAGUUCCUCUUCAUUUAUGAGACAUAAAUGUGGAAAUACUAAGAUUAAUGCUAAAGAUACAGAGCUGCUUAAUUUAUUUGUGAUCCCAUAUAAGGAUAAAGAUGAUUCUCCCAGUGCUCAGUGUGAAAGCUACGUCUCCUCACUGUGGAAAUUACGGGAUCAGGUAUUAUCCAUGACCUGCCCUUCUUUUACGAGGAAUGUUUCUGAACGUGACUGGUUAAAAAGUUCUGCCAAGAUAUGGGAAUUAGUGAAGAGCUCUCCUAUAAUUUCCGAGUAUAGCAGAACAUUACUAAGUUCUGGUAUGUUUAGGAGAUAACCAUUGUCAUCACCUAUAAUUGACUCAUGUAUCGGGAAAAUGAAGUAUGAUUUUCUUGAUAGAAGCUAGCCUGUUUACUUAUUAUUUUGUAUGCUAAUUAACCUCUUUCAUGUCAAGCUUUUGAAUAUUGUAUUGAAGUUAGGGUUGCUGAAAAGAUUUGAUAUACUGAGAUAUGAAUGUUGUUUCUAUCUA